UCGGUAGUUGUGGUGCGUCUCUGUAGUUUGCCAAAGUGAUGUCGGAAGCUGCGGAUCCCUGUGGAUCAGAGGUUACUAUGCACGACGUGGAGCUUUUGAUCAGCAAGAAGGAUGAGAUCGAAGCCCAGAUAAAGGCUUUAUAUGACCUUCUGCAAGAUCAAAAAGCAGUCGGCAUGGACGAACCACUGGUUGACAGAGAAGGAUACCCUAGAGCAGAUGUGGAUAUUUACCAAGUUCGCACUGCAAGACAUAAUAUCAUCUGUUUGCAGAAUGAUCAUAAAGCCAUUAUGAAAGAGAUAGAGGAAUCUCUACAUAGACUACAUGCACGAGAGAAAGAGAAACGUGAGAAGGAUGAAGCAGAGGCCCAGGCUGAAGCACUACAGAGUCACCAAGCACUGCCUACUGCUUUUGCUAAAGUAGAUGUUGUUACCCCAGGCUCUCCUGCCAGCAUGUCAGGGCUGCAAGUUGGAGAUGAGAUCAUUUCAUUUGGAACAGUGAACACCAGCAAUUUUCAGUCUCUGCAGAAUAUUGCUGAAGUAGUACAACACAGUGAGGGGAAGCCCUUAAGCGUCUCAGUUGUUCGAAAUGGGAAAUUGGUGUCUUUUGCACUCACCCCUCUGCGAUGGAGUGGAAAGGGACUUUUGGGAUGCAAUAUAAUUCCCCUGAAAAGAUGAUCCUGAUUCUAUAAAACAAUUUUCACAUGAAAUGGACUUUCUGAGGAAAAAGGCUUCCUUAUCUCAAAGAUGUUCUUUUUAUAGCCUAGUGUCAAGUUGCUUGAAAUAUAACUUCAAGUCAUACAGAAAAUGUCAUUCCAGCACAAAUGUAUCAUACAGUAUUUUGGCUGUAAUAUUUCUUCCUUAUUUCAGCAUUUUUUCCUGAUUUCUAGAGUAAAAUAAAAUAUAAUUUAUAACUCU